CCUGGGUGUGUCUUGGAUCCCCUCUCCCUCUCUCGCUCUCACAAUUCCCCUGUCCUCGGGCACCGGCACCCCCGGCCCUCCGCCGAUGCCAUUGGAGACGUAGGGCGCAAUGGGCUGCGUGGCGUCGAAGAAUGCGGCCGCCGUGACGCCGGUCGUUGACUUGGCCGGCGUUUCGGGAAGUCUGGAAGCGUCGUCGUCGCUGUUCAACCGCCCGAAGCUCGGGAGCUACGAGUUUGGGGACCGCAGCGAGUCCGGGGAGUCGGGGAAGAUCGGCAGCGCCAGCAAUUCAAUGAUCUUUCGGCUGGGGAAUCUGCAUCGCUGCAUCGAGGGAGAGCAGGCCGCUGCCGGCUGGCCUGCCUGGCUCACCGCUGUUGCUGGAGAAGCCAUUCAGGGAUGGGUGCCUCUUAAAGCCGAGUCCUUUGAGAGAAUGGACAAGAUUGGACAAGGUACCUACAGCAGUGUGUUCAGAGCACGCGAACUCGACACAGGAAAGAUUGUUGCAUUGAAGAGGGUCCGGUUCGACGUUUACGAGCCUGAGAGUGUUAGGUUUAUGGCACGCGAGAUACAGAUCCUCCGCAGGCUCGACCAUCCCAAUAUUGCCAAAUUGGAGGGACUGAUUACAUCUCGACUGUCAUCUAGUAUCUAUCUUGUUUUUGACUAUAUGGAGCAUGAUCUUGCCGGGUUGUUGUCUGCUCCUGACAUCAAUUUCAGUGAGCCACAGAUCAAAUGCUACAUGCGACAAUUACUAUCUGGACUCGAACAUUGCCACUCACGCGGCAUCAUGCAUCGUGACAUCAAGUGUGCAAACCUUCUGAUUAAUAAUGAGGGGAUCCUGAAAAUUGCCGACUUUGGUCUGGCAAACUUCUUCAGUGCCGGGCAAAUACAACCACUGACUAGCCGCGUCGUCACGCUAUGGUAUCGCCCGCCUGAACUUCUUCUGGGUUCAACAGACUAUGAAGCAUCUGUGGAUCUGUGGAGUGUUGGUUGUGUUUUUGCAGAAGUGUUUCUUAGGAAGCCUAUCUUCCAAGGAAGAACUGAGGUUGAACAAAUACAUAAGAUAUUUAAGCUAUGUGGUUCUCCACCAGAAGAAUUUUGGAAGAAGUCCAAGUUGCCCCAUGCAACACUUUUUAAACCGCAGCAACCUUAUGGUAGUUGCCUCCGAGAGACACUUAAACGUUUACCAGAAAAUGCCUUUAACUUAUUAGAAACUUUCCUCUCUGUUGAACCAUAUAGGCGCGGUACAGCCUCGACCGCUCUUGCAUCUGAGUAUUUCAAGUCAAAGCCAUAUGCAUGUGCUCCGUCAAGCUCGCCAAAAUACCCACCUAACAAGGAGAUUGAUGCAAAAGCCCGUGAGGACGUACUCAGGAGAAGGGUCCAUUGUAGGCCGUGUGGUAUAGAAGCCACAAGAAAACCUUUAAGAACAUAUAGAACUUCACAAGAAUCAAAUGGGCUAAGCAGAGCAGCAUCUCUCCAAAAGGACUCAUGGAAAACAACUGGAGGCAGUAGUAGUGGUGCAAAGAGAGAUCCAAGAGAGAAUGGUGACACCAGAAUGCUCAUAGAUCUGCAGCCAGUACCAGAAACGAAUUCAAAUCCCCCAGACAAGGGUCGAUAUGUGAAGCAGACCUGUCAGAAAGACGUUCUUCCCUCAGGUCCCUUGCAGGUGCCUGCCUCCAGCGGCUUUGCAUGGGCAAAGAAACCAAAAGAAGACCGUUCAUAUACCAAAUCUCGUUCCAGAUCCAACUCAAGAAGCCACGCUUCUCGUGCACUCGAUCAUUCGAACAUCCCGCAUAUGAAAAAUCCUUCCAACCCAAAGGGACAAGCUGACAGACUUGUCGGACAUGCACCACGUUCGAAGUCCAACAACUGCAAGCCAUACGAGAUUGCAAAGGAUAAGAUGCUCGCACAACGGUCACAACCAGAGAUUUCAGACCGUUACGAGAUCGCAAAUCAUGCGAUUAUGAACCAAUGGACAAAUCCAGGAGAACCGGACUUGCUUGAUUCCUGUGACUCCUACCAUUCUCGGGAUUUGUCAGAUGCACUUUACAAGAGAGAUGCAAAAUCAACUAAGUGCAGCAUCUUGAAAAAAAAAACUCAGGAUUACAAGGAUCAAAGACAAAGUGUUGAGUUAUCUGGGCCUCUACUGUCUCAGUCAUUGAAGAUUGACGAACUUCUAGAGAAGAAUGAAGGGCACAUCGGCCAAGCUGCUCGCAGAUCAUGGUUCCAGAAAGGGACAAAGCAAGGACAUUGAAAUUUAUGGACAUUUUAUUCUCAACUAAUGGAUAUAUGUGUCCUCGGAAAUUCGAGAAGUGUAUCCUGAGCUACUCCGAGAAACAAUACUACAAGCUACUCCGAGAACAAAUGCCACAAUGGCGACCUACCAAUUAAAGGGUGAAGAUGAUUUGAAAUGUCAUUCAUGAAUCUUUUCUGUUGGACAUCAAGUCUAAAAGUGAAAUUAUUUGAUUAAUCAUAAGUGAAUUCAGGGAUCCACUCCAAGUCAUCAGUCGGUACUUUCGAUGCUCUUGGCGCUAUUGAUGUGCAGUAAGUCAGAUAGUUGCAAACACUGCCUUUUAAUUUUCAGCUAUUUUAGAUCUUGGAAUGAACUUAUAGAUGGUUAAGAAAGCAAA